UACUGGAAUUAAAUUUGUUGUCUGCGUGGCGAAGGACCGUCGACGAACCGUGACGACGCGAUAAUCGCAGCCCGUGUAAUCUCGUGCGAUCGUGUGCUCUCCGCGAGAAACUACUUCGCACUUCGCACAGCAGGUCUCCGAGGAACGAUCGAGAAUGCAGGUUCUACGCUGUGAUCCCGGAUGCUGCGCGUCUAGGAUGGAUCGCCGAGUUGGACACGCGAUCGAUAUGUAUCGCUGACAAUUGCCUACGAUUCUUACAGCCUAUUCGAAUUGCCAUAUGGCGAUGGGUGAGCCGUUGGGUUUGAGCAACAGCGAAGUUCGUAAGCUUUGCAAAACACCAGAUCCCUCAACAAAUGGGUUUAUAAUGCAGCAGACGAUGUACCGUAUAAAGGACCCAAGAAAAUCCUUGCCCUUUUAUACCGAAGUCCUCGGAAUGACCUUGCUGCAAAAGCUCGACUUUCCAGAAAUGCAAUUCUCCCUGUAUUUCCUUGGAUACGAGGACCAGAAGGAAAUCCCACUCGAUCGUAGAGAAAGUAUUGAAUGGACAUUCCGUAAAAAAGCGACCAUAGAGUUAACGCACAAUUGGGGAACAGAAACAGAUCCCGAUGUAAAAUAUUACAAUGGAAAUGCAGAUCCCAAAGGAUUUGGUCACAUUGGAAUAGCAGUACCUGACGUCGACAAAGCCUGCCAAAGGUUCGAGAUGUACGGUGUGGAAUUCGUGAAGAAACCAAAUGACGGCAAAAUGAAGGGCAUAGCUUUUAUUAAAGACCCCGAUGGUUACUGGAUCGAAAUCCUGCAUGGUGCUAACAUUGCCAAUUACAUGUUAGGUAUGGUAGAGGAUAGAAAGUAUGAGAUCCCAAGCCGUAUCGAGUGCGACGGUUAUCGAGGUACGUUGAAAUACGUCGGACCCGUUGGGAACACCAAGGGAGAGUGGUUGGGCGUAGACUGGGACGAUUCGACUCGUGGCAAACACAAUGGCACGUACGAAGGCGUAGAGUAUUUUCAAGCCAGACAUUCCACAUCAGGCUCUUUUAUACGACCGGGCAAAGCCAAGUUUGGGAUAUCUUGCUCGCAGGCCAUCAAAAUGCGCUAUGGGCUAAUCGACGAUGAAUUAGCGGGCGUAGACAGGGACGAGGUGUCGAGCUUAAGGAAAGAAAUCAAUGCACCGUUUUUGGAAUUUGUCGGCUUCUCCAAAGUGAAUAAGAAACAGAGCAAGUUUGACGAGCUAAAGAUAGUGUGGCUGAGGGAGCAAUGUGUAUCCAAUGCGGGAGAGCCAUGGGAAUUGAAAGAACUGUGUCCUAAUUUGGAGGAAUUGGAUUUAUCUAGAAAUUUAAUAAAUUCGUGGAAAAUUGUAGCAGACAUCUGUUCCCAGCUUCGUUUUCUGAUGCGUCUUAACGUCAGUGAGAACCAUUUGCCUAUAGAAGAUGUGGCAGCGUUAAAAGAUUCGUUUCCAACUGUUAAGCAUUUAACUAUAGCUAGAAUGAAUUACAACUGGUCUGAUAUUCGGCAAUGUAUAUCCAUGUUUCCGUCGAUCGAAGAACUUUCAGUCUCUUUUAAUAUUGUCACAACCAUAGAAGACAUAACGGCAAAUACUAAUUUAAUGAGAAUAAUUACAUUAAUACUCGAAGGAAAUCUAAUAUCAAGUUGGGAUGAGAUACUUAAACUAGGUUCCCUUCCGUGCUUAGAAUAUCUUAAUUUGAAUUUAAAUAAAAUAGAUAGAAUUAGAUUUCCAUCUUCAACAUCAACAGAUAAGACUGCUUUGUUUCCAAUGCUACGUCAUCUACAUAUUUCGGAAAACCACAUAUCAGAGUGGCAAUCGAUUAGCGAAUUGGAUAAACUAUCAAAUCUAGAAGACUUGAAAUUCAGAGAAAAUCCCAUUUUGAAGAACGAAACUGUAGAGACUGCUCGACAAUUGAUAAUCGCAAAGAUAGCGAAAUUAAAGAUCUUAAAUGGUACAGAGAUACCUCAUAAUGAAAGGAGAGGCGCAGAGCAUGAUUACUUGAAGUUGUUUUUACCAGUGUGGCUAGAAACCGAAAGUAAUUCAGAAAAGCGAACGUCAUUUAUAAAUGAACAUCCGCGAUAUCCUAUUUUAGUCAGUAAAUAUGGAAUUGCGGAUAUUCCUUCGGCUAAACCGAAAGUAGAAAUGGUUUCCAAUGUGAUAACGGUGGAAUUUGUAUGUCCGGACGAUCCAUGUCAGUCUAGAGGGAUUAAAAGGAAGUUACUUAAAGAUAUGGAAGUUCAAAAAAUGAUUGGGCUUGUUCAAAGGCUUUUUAAAACCGGUGGAAAGAUUCCGGCUCUUUCGUUUAUUCAACGGAAUCUAUCGAACGAUGAAAUCUCGUUGGACAAACCGCUACAAGAACUUAGUUACUAUUCAAUACAGGACGGCGAUCAAGUUCUUGUGAGGUGGUGAUAUCGAAUAAAUUAUAUCUAUAGAUAUGACUGUAUUUUCUACGCUGUUAAAGUCCGCUCUAUGAUACUUUGUUAUUAAAAUUUUUUUAAUUGCA